AUGAAGUGAAACUUUCCCUCAAGAAAAGGGAUCAAAAUCGCAUAAUUACGCAUUUUUGGAUCACUCUCGACGACCUGACAUUAAAGAUAUUGUAGUGGGGAUACGCGUGAUUGUGAUCUCGGGAUAAUCCCUUUUACAGUUUGUGUCAUUUGUGGAUUACUGAUUUGCUUUUCUUGAAGUUAACGUUAGCCAGUGCCUUUAUUUCUUGUCAGUCGCGUUGAAUAUUAUGCCAGCUAGCUUGACGCCUGGCGCCUAAAAAUACAGCUUGUUCCUAUCUUUGCUGUAUAUCUCGCAAGCGAAAGAAAUUUUUUAGAACACUAUUGCUAUUUUUUUCGAUCGUACUCACAGCUUCCGUGUUCAUUUUACGUCAUCCGCCUUCAGUUAAGUUGGAUGUUUGUCAAUGUGCUCCCCGUCACAUUGUACUUGAUUUGCUAGCAGCACCUGUCCUGGCAAAUCCAUGGAGAAGCUUCAGGACCUCAACCAGUCCGAGUUGGAGGAGUUGCUGGACAACUCGGAGCGGGUGGAGUCGAUGGCUCUCGAAUCUGAUGAGAUCCAGAACAUUCAGCUGGAACGGGAGAUGGCUCUGGCCUCCAACCGGAGCCUUGCCGAGCAGAACCUGGACAUGAAACCGCGACUGGAGAGAGAGAGGGAGCGUCUGGUGGAGAGAUACACUGAAUUGGAGGAAGUCAGGGAGCGAUACAAGCAGCACUGCGCUCUCAGAGACAGUAUUAUAGGACAGGUAUCUCCAGAGGGAUUACUCACUCGUCUACAGACAGAGGGCGCCAACACAGAGGCCGAGUCAGAGACUCUAGCAGACGAGUUUCUGGAAGGUUCUCUGUCACUGGACUCUUUCCUGGAACGAUUCCUCUCUCUCCGUUCUCUCGCGCACAAAAGAAGAGUACGCAUCGAGAAGCUGCAGGAGAUCCUGCGGCAGAAGACUGAAGGGGGCGGAGACACCAUGACAUCACAGCCCAGUGCCAACCAGCAGGAUCCUGCCGCCGCGGCCACCGCCGCCCCGUCGCCGUGGCAACAUCAGCCCCAGCAACAACAGCAGCCACAGCAACCAAGCUCCAAACCUAGCUCUGCAAGUUUCUCCAGCGUGACCCCCAACUCCCAAAACUCAGCCUUGCCUUAUUCCCCUUACCCUGUCGGCCCCCCCACCCAGACCCCCUCCGUCACUGCAGCCGCAGCCACCUCUAACCCCCCCCCGUCAUUUUCGCCCUACCCAAGUCAGGGGUCCUCCUUCCCCCAACCAGCCGGCUAUCCAACCCCCCAGCCUGCCUAUGGCCCCUCUGCCUGCCCAUACCCUACUCAGCCCUCCUUCCCUGGGCCCCCUGGUCCUCCAUUUGGGCAGUUUGGCCCCUCUGCUGCACCCUACCCUACUCCAUACUCCUACGGUGGGUACAGUUACCCCACUGGUUCCCAUGUGCCCCCCACCCAGUCCCCGACAGGUAGACCGCUUUAUAGGCCAGGGUUUGGGGUACCACAGCCAUACUCCUGA